AUUCUCCUUAAAGGUUAAAUAAAACGUCAUAUUAGUUCAUAUUUUUAUAUCUAGAAUAGCGGAUGUCUGCGACUUCAUACGCGUAAAGAUCAAUGUAAACUUUCAACCCCUAUUUAACACCCUUCUAAUUAUAUGUUUGCAAGUUUUAUAAAAAUAACUGGGCAUCAUGAAAGCUGUGGUAUUCGAUGGAAAGAGCCUAACCCUCAAAUAUGACGAGAACUACCCCAUGCCCACCAUUGUGAAAGACGACGAUGUGAUCGUUAAAGUGGAGUAUUCCGGCGUGUGUGGCACGGAUCUGCAUAUUAUUCAGGGCGAGUUCCCAGCGUCCAAAGAGAGGCCGUUGCCACUUGGUCACGAGUUCAGCGGCGUGGUGCAUCAAGUGGGGAAGGCAUCGAUCUUCAAAGUCGGACAAAAAGUCGUGGUCGACCCCAAUCGUGCCUGCAACCUGUGCAACUUUUGCCGUGACGGCAAGUACCAGUACUGCCUCUCGGCCGGCAUCAACAGCACCAUCGGCAUCUGGCGUGACGGCGGCUGGGCGCAAUAUUGCCGUUGCCCGCAGGACCAGGUCUAUGCGUUGCCGGACGGCAUCACUACUGAACAAGCGGGUCUCUGCGAGCCGUACUCCUGCGUCUCGCACGGCUUUGACCGCGCCGCACCGCUGCCGGUCGGCAGCAAGAUACUGAUCGUCGGUGCCGGCAUCAUUGGUAAUUUGUGGAUAACAACACUGCAUCUGCAAGGUCAUAGAGAUGUCACAGUUUCCGAGAUGAAUAAAUCCAGACUGGAUAUAGUCAAGUUAAUGGAAACAGGCUACAGGUUGAUUACACCUGACGUUCUGGCUGCAGAGAAACAACUCUAUGACGUCAUUAUCGAUUGUACAGGCGUGGGCAAGGUGAUGGAGAUCAGCUUCAACUACCUCCAACACGGCGGUAAAUACGUAGUUUUUGGUUGUUGCCCUCCCACUCACCAGGCUAUAGUGAAUCCAUACCAAAUAUAUGACAAGGAGUUGACUAUUAUCGGCGUGAAGAUCAACCCGUUCAGCUUCCCCAAGGCUAUUGGACUACUCAGCGCUAUGGGCAGCAGGUACCUGAACUACGAGAAGCUGGGGGUUAAAACUUACCCUCUAUCCGGAUACCAGGACGCGCUUAAGCAGCUGAAGGCGGGCACCAUCUCGAAAGCGAUAUUUAAAAUUGUUUAACGCCUUGUUUAUACAAAAAUAAUGUUUUGUUGAAAUAAAAUUUAAAAAUAUUCAAAA